AUGCCGAAACACGAAUUUUACUACCAUUUUGCGUUGGCGUCAACAGCGAUCAGUGCACUGACGACAAUCGCCCUUCUUGUUACCGUCCCACUUCUUUGUUCCCGCGCGAACGACCAUCGGUUGUUCAUCGAGCAGAAGGCCAACCUCUUUCGAGAUGAGACAAAUAAAAUAUGGGCCGAACUCCAUCCCGGCCAUAAAGUCGUUGUUCAUGAUCCCAAGACCGGCGCCCCAGCGAACGAGCCGAUUUUCUUCUCGCUUCGGCAGAAGCGUUCUCCAUGGGAUCGACAGAUCUGUCAAGGCUGUAAUCCUCUGAACUGUCCAGCCGGUAUGCCCGGAAACCCUGGUCCGCCUGGCGAAGACGGAAGCCCAGGAGACGCUGGAAUGCCUGGACGUUCCGGUGAAGACGGACUGGACGUGGAAUUGGCACCAGAAGAUGAUUUACCUUGCGUUAUUUGCCCCGGAGGCCCACCGGGAAUGAGAGGACUGCAAGGAGAACGUGGGCAGCCAGGUCUUGCAGGCCCGACUGGUCAGGCAGGCCCCGAAGGACAUCCUGGGCCCGAAGGACCCCCAGGAUUUCCAGGAAAGCCUGGCCCAGCCGGUUUUAAGGGUCACGAAGGACCACCAGGACCAUCCGGAGAAACAAUCAUCGCCGGAGUCGGCAUUAAAGGACCCAAGGGCCCGCCCGGUCCGGCCGGACCAAAAGGGCCUAAUGGAACACCUGGAAAGGCCAGCCGUGAAGUUGGAGUUCCGGGCCAGGCAGGACCACAAGGACCAAUGGGACCACCUGGUGCUGAAGGAAAGACCGGCGAAGAAGGACCCUUUGGACCGCCAGGAGAGCCUGGACAACCUGCUAGUUAUUGUGCUAGUGACUGUGGAGUUGCUCAAAUAUUAGCCCCGUCAAUAAACCACGCAAAGCUGGCGGCCGAGCAAGAUGUGUCAAGCAAUGCAGGAUCCAUUGGGAGUUAUGACAGCAGUGUUGUCGAGAGUAUUGGCCACAACAAUGCGUAUGGAGGCGCUGGAUAUUACUCUUCAGGGGGAUACGGAAGGAAAUAA